AUGCUCCUCCUCAUCUUCCGUGGUCUCACCACAUCUAUCCCUACAUAUGGCUCCUGGUUCCCAGAAGGGGCUAAUGCAUUCCACAAUGCUGCUGUGGUCACAAGCAACCAGACUCGUAAAGUGCAGGUGGAGACCCAGGGCCGAUUCCACCUCCUCGGGGAUCCCCAGGCCAACAACUGCUCCCUGGACAUCAGAGACGCCAGGAGGACAGAUGACGGAUUAUAUUUUUUUCGAGUGGAGAGGGAACGUUCCCAAGCGUUUAAAUAUUCUUACACACAGAACAUGCUCUCCGUGCGAGUGAUGGCCCUCAACCACACACCCCACAUCCUCAACCCGGGGCCCCUGGAGAGCGGCCUCCCCAGGAACUUGACCUGCUCUGUGCCCUGGGCCUGUGAGCGGGGCACGCCCCCCAUCUUCUCCUGGACGUCAACUGCCCAAAGCUCCCUGGGCCCCAGGACCCACCUCUCCUCUGUGCUCACCCUCACACCACGGCCCCAGGACCAUGGCACCAACCUCACCUGUCAGGUGUAUUUUCCUGCCGCUGGUGUGACCGUGGAAACAACCAUCCAGCUCAACGUCACCU